CGGAUGUAAAACGGCAGCCGAUUUGCUAAUGCGAGAGAUCCACACAUUGAUACGUUUGGUCCGCUGAGACAAUGUCUGACAGUGACGGCCCAGCACAAGAGCCUGGUGGACUGGAAGGUCUGCCUCCAAUGCACAGCAUUUUCAAAGGAGAGGUGGUCUCUGUGCAGACCUACGGAGCCUUUGUCAGACUGCCAGGAUACAAGAAGGAAGGCCUGGUACAUGUGAGUGAGAUGUCAGCCUCACGGAUUGAGAAUGCCUCAGAGAUUGUCGAUGUGGGGGAAAAAGUGUGGAUUAAAGUCAUUGGGAGAGAGAUUCGGGGUGACAAGGUGAAGAUGUCCUUCUCAAUGAAAGCUGUCAAUCAGGGAACAGGGCGGGAUUUGGACCCAAACAAUGUUAUGGCAGAGCAGGAUGCAAGGCGACGUAAGCAGUUUAGAGAUCACACAGGCAACAGGAUCACACUGGAGGCUGUGCUCAAUACGACAUGCUCAAAAUGCGGCUGCAAAGGCCACUUCACAAAGGACUGUUUCUCUGCUCCGGGCUUGCAGUACGCUCUUUUACCUGAAGAGGACGAUGAAGAGCCGCAGAAUCAACAGCAGCAGACUUCCACAGCUGCACCACAGCAAGACUCAGACAAAAAGAAGAAGAAAAAGAAGGAGAAGAAGAUGAAGAAGAAGAGGAAGAGGGAGAGGAAGGAGUCUGAUAGUGACGACAGCAGCAGCAGCAGCAGCAGUGAAUAUAAAUCCAAGAGGAGGCGCCGCGACCACGCUCACGACAGAGAGGACAAGAAGAAGAAGAAACACAAGAAACACAGAUCACACAAACACAGCUGAGACACCAGACAGACAGAC